AUGCCAUACGAGUCCGAGUACAAGGACCCCGUGACCAACCAAGCUCCACACGUAGUACGAAGCCGCGAGAGCCGCUGGGUGCGACUCUUUCAAGCUCGAUCGAUUAACCCACGUAAGAAAGUAGUUCAUCACUCCUGCACAGAGGAGCUCUCCGAAUAG